AUGACUCCAUCGCGCUCCGGUCCGCGCGCCCGGCCCCAUCGCCCCAUUCGUCAAAACCGCACGCGAGUUCAAACCUAUCAUGAGAGCACAUCAGAAGACGAGGCCACUGCGGGUCUGGAUUCCGAGUCUGGCAGGUCUCGCCGUUCGUCGCUCACUUUACGACCUCGUGAUAUACACCCAUCUUAUCGCGAAGAGUCGACCGAUGCAGACUGGGGUGAUAUUCCCGAGGAGAGCGAUGCUGAAUCAUACGAUAUGGCUCCUGUCAACCCUCCAGAUCCAUCAGUUGUUGCAUCUCAAACAGCUGCCGAGCCCUCCCCUCGACUUACGAGCGCUCCGAGGCGCCAGUCUUCCCGGCGCACGGCUUCGAAGUCAUCAAAGCCCAAACGACGCCGGACAAUAAAGAACGAACUAGGAAAGCCUUUGAGAAAGCGACAGAAGGUGGAAACAAGCGACGAUAUCCUUGUGGGAUCUGGGGUUAUCCCUCCAUGGCAGACGCUGCCAUACCAAGUCUUGCUUGACAUAUUUCUUCGUGCAUCCUACCCGCUGCUCAAUGAACAGCAGUUAGUCCGAACAGACUCUGUCAAAUGGCUUGUGAAUGUGGCACUGUUAUGCCGAGCCUUCCAUGAACCCGCUCUCGCAGCUCUCUACCACACUCCCCCUCUGCUUCCUACUUUCAAGAGCCAUGGCUUGUUGAAACUUCUCUCCAUGCCGCCAGGUUCAUGUACUUUGAACUACGCCGCAAAAGUUAAGGAGCUUCAUGUCGACGUAGAACAUGUUCUUCUCUACAAGAGUGGACCCACGUUGGGCUACUUUGAUCUUGCACGGUUGGUUGAGAAAACACCCCAGGUCCAGACCUUGCGACUAUACCACAAAGAUGAUGACACUGUCGGGAUUCCCCCUUGGAAUAUCACACCGUCAAAGUGGCUUUAUUCAGAUCAUUUGUUCGCAGCAAUUGACCGCGCUGGGCUGGUUCUUCGCAGUUGGGACUGGAACGCUCGUUUCCUUCCAACUUCCGAACUACUGCCCUUCAUGUUGGAGAAGCAUCUGCGACCUGCCUUUCGGGGUUUGAAGAACAUCCGACUACUUCAUCUUGGUGAUGGUGAACCCGAAGACCUGACCAUCCAAGAAGCUGCACUUGCUACAUCUCUCCAGGCACUUCCUGAGAUUGAACGCGUGGAGCUCAUUGAAUGCACUGUGGUCAAAGACAGUUUCCUACCUCGACUUCCUACGACCAUCCGCUCUCUUACUCUGUCCAACUGUGACCGUAUCUACUCCAAAUCAUUUCUUGAGUUCAUGCAAUCUCACGGCCAACAUCUGCGAGAACUGUCCUUGAGUCAUAAUCGUCAUCUGAACAUGGCGUUUAGUACCGAGCUCGCUCACUAUUGCCCCAAUCUGAGAAAAUUCAAAAUGGACAUCUCCAUCCACGAUGCGUCUACCUACCAUGACACUGAGCCUCACUUCGCUGAGCUCAUCAAGGAAUCCGAGAUACCGACCUGGCCAGAAAGUCUGCAGGAAAUCGAAUUAAUUCAACUUCGACGAUUGGAUCAUAGCACAGCGGAAUCAUUCUUCAUGUCAUUGAUCGAUUCUGCCCCAAAACUGCCAGACCUUCGGAAACUAGUCAUUAGCGCGAUCCUUAAAAUACCUUGGCGUGAUCGUGCGCACUUUCGAGAGCGAUGGAUCAGCCGACUGGAGAAAACCUUUCUACGACGCAGUCGGCCCCCAAACCCCAAUUUACGCUCUCUCAGUAAGCGAAAGCUGCACAACAUCCCGCCUACCUUGGAUUUAAAUGAGAUCACUUCACGUCCGGGGAUUGCUGGCAGUGAGCUGUCGGCCCCUUCCAUCCGACACAGUUCGCGGCUAGCGGAGAGCAAGGCUUCAGAGGCUCAAGAAAAUUGCAAAGUGACUCCGUUUGCUUUUGGUCAGUUUGAAGAAGACGAUGUGCAAGGAAUGUGCGACGUGGUAUCGAUUCGAAUCGACAACCAACGACCCAGCGAUAUGCAAUUCAACGAAAAUGACUUCCUUGACGAUGAACCGAGUGACGACUCGGACUGGAAUGGUGACCCUUAUGAAGACUGA